AUGAACCACAACAAUAUCCGCAUCGUCACCCGCACCGCAUCGUCACCCGCAGCACCCACAGCAACCGCAGCAUUCUUUCUCACGUAUCGGGAAAGCUUCUGCUCAUACGCUGCUGCAAAUGUACAGCAAACGGGGGGGCUAAAACUGACAAGCAGCUACUGUCUCUCUGAUGGUGUAGCAGGCACAACAAGUAAUAACAAAAGGAACUAUGGCCUACCACCAGGAGCAGCAACAACAGGCGGCGCAGCAGCUCAGCAUCAGGACCCGCAGCAGAUGUUGCGCCGGCUAGACUGGGAGGAUGAAAAUACUAUUGACGGCACUUUCCCACAAGCAAGGAGGCGAGGAAGAGAAGAGUCGGAGUUUGAAGCCGAGCAGCACCUAGCGCAUGCAGAGAGUCUGGCGGAGAAGGAGGAGUUGCUGGAGAGGACGGAUGCUUCGAUACGUCUGCAACAACAGCAGCGGCAGAAGCAGCAACAGCAAGAACAGCAACUGCGGGAAUUAGCAGAGAAACACGAGAGAGAAUUGCGAGAAGUGCAGCAACUGCAUGAGGAGGAAAUGAAACUGCGAUGUCAGCAGCACGAACAGCAGCGGAAGGAAGGUGAACGUCACAGACUCGAAGAGCACAAAAGACAUAGCGAACAGCAGGUAGCGGCAGCAAAUCGUCAGUUGAAUUUGCUGCGGGAGCAAUUGCAGCACAGAGACGAGCGUCUUGUCGAGCAGGGGUUGCAGCUAGCGAAGCUUAACACUGCUAAUCAGGAGCUACGAAAUCAACAGCAGCAGCAGCAGCCGGAGCAGCAGCAGGAGGAGGAGGAGCAGCAGCAGGAGGAGGAGCUUUUAGGCUUCCACAGAGACCAUCACCAAGAGGAGCGGCGGCAGGAGCGAGAGCCUGGAGUAGAUACACAGCAGAAGCCACAACGUGGGAAGGAGAAAGAGCAGGAAGUGCAGGUAGUAGCAAAUGGAAGGAAUAUGCAUUUAAAACAACAAGAGCAGCAGAAACAGCAGCAAGAGAAGAAGCAGCAGGAAAGAGAAGGGCGGAAAGGAGUUUUACUGCAGCAGCAGCAGCAAGGGGAGGAGCAGCUUGGAAAAGAGCAGCAAAAGGAUCUCGAGAAGCUACGUGGGGAAAUAGAAAAGUUGCAGAAAAGUCAGCAAGAAGCAAGGGAGGAAUUAGAGCGAAAAGUAAAAGAAAAUGCGCUGCUGCAUGAACACGUGCUGCAACAGAAAGAGGAAGAGUUAAUGAAGCAGCAGGAGCAACAGCAAGAGGAGCAGAAAGGACAGCAACAGCAGUCAGAACAAGAACAGCAGCAUCAAAACGCUGAAGAGAAGGAGAGAAAAGAAAGGGUUGUGACGCUGCAUGCAUUAGAAGAAGAGGUGCAGCAGCUGCGACAAGAAAUGAAGAAGAUGCAGCAACAGCAUGAAGACGAUUUGAAUGAACAAUUAGAACAGCAGAAAAGAGAGAAGGAAGCAGCUGAGAAGUGUCUCCGUGAGCGUCUUGCAAACGAAUUCAAAGAGAAGGAGCAUGCAUGGCAGCAGCAAUUGGAGGCAGCCGUGAAAGAGUCGCGUGAACUGAAAGAGAGAGUAUCAAAGCAAGAGGAAGAGGCAGAGAAAUUGCAACAUAAGAAGCAGGAAGAUCGUAUGGAAAUCGAGAAACUAGAGCGAGAAGCACACCGUCUCCAUAUGCGGUGUGAUGCAGAAUGUAGUAAGAGAGCUAUUGAAAGUGCUGCUGCGACAGCCGCAUUAGCAGCAGAACUACAAAAACACCAAAGAGAGAAAGAGCAACUCAACGAAGUUUUCGAACAGGAGCGCGAGAAACUACAGAAAGAAUUCCAGCAAGAACAAAAGGAGCGUGAAAGAUGCUCCAGUGAGGCUGCACGGGCACGUAGUGAAUGUACCCAGUUGCAGCAGCAGCAUAGUGAGCUGCAGCAGCAGUACAAUCAACUGCAAGAGAUACACAAAGAAAUGCAGCAGCAGCAUGGGGAGUUGCAGCAGCAGUAUAGUCAGCAGGAGCAGCAGUGUAAUCGACUGCAAAAGGAAGAGGAAAACCUGCAGCAGCAGCAUAGUCAACUGCAGCAGCAGCAUAGUCAACUGCAGCAGCAGCAUAGUCAACUGCAAGAGAAAUUUCAGGAGCUCCAGCAGCAGCAUAGGGAGGAACUGCAGCAGCAGCGUAGUGAAGUGCAGCAGCAAUGUACCCAGUUGCAGCAGGAGUAUGAGCAAUUUCGAGAGAAAGAGCAAGAUCUGCAGCAGCAGUAUAGUCAGCUGCAGCAGGAGCAUACUGUUGUGCAAGAGAAAGACAGGAAGCUUCAGCAGCAGUACGAAAAAGUGAAACAGCAGCAUGAUGAGCUGCAGCAGGAGUAUAAUAGCCUCAAGGAGAAUACGAAUAGACUAUCUUUGGACAAUUGCAGGCUGCAGGAGGAGCAGGAAAGUUUGCAGCAAGGUAAACAUUUGGUCGAAAAACGUAAAGAUGAACUCGAAAAGCAAUUAGAGGAGCUUCAACGUGAAAAUUCGAAACUUCAGUUGCGAUGGGCGAAAGAGCAACCGGUCCUUAUAGAUCUCCAGUUGAUAGUCAACUGUCAGGCGCAGCAGCUGCAUGAAAUGCAGAUGCAACUGAAAGAGACACAGGACCUGGAAAAAAAACAGGAUCUUCUUUUGAAAGAGGAAGAGAAACGUCGUAAAGUCGCUGAGGAUAUCAUACAGCAGCAACAAACAGAGUUGAAACAGCAGGCCCUCCUCCUAAGAGCAGCACACCUGAAAGCUGAGGAGCUGCAGCAACAGCUGACUCAGCGUCACCAUCGUACCAAACAGCUGAUCUCACAAGGAGACGACGACCGCGACAACGACGACGGCGACCAACAGCAGCAGCAGCAGAAAACACAACACGAUACAGUAGCUGGACAUGCAGGCAGCAAAGGCCGUAAAGGAGGAGGAGAAGGAGAAGAAGAAGGAGAAAAGCUGCUGCAUGCUGACGCAGAUCGCACAUUGAGGAGUCAGCAAGAAGGCUCAUCGAAGCACUCGCAAGACAGACAACCACCAACACCACUGCCGCAACAGCAGCAGCAGCAACAGCAGCAGCAACACUACGGUGGAGGACGAGCGUCCCUCGCAGCAGAGGGUAUUAGAGAAGAUGUGGAUAUAUCUUCGAGUACAUCUCUUCUUAUGGAGAACGAGAAGAAUAUAAAAGAAAAGGGGAAGCGAAAAGGACACGUACACUACUACUACUACUAUUACUACUACACCCGCGAGUGCUACUACUACUACUAUUAG